ACGAUUCCACCCACACCGAAUCUUGACGGAACGAUUCCACCAAGAACCGCGGGCAACAAUUCACACCGCGCUUCUCUUCUCCAGCGAUGCAGACGACGGCGGCGGCGGCUGUGGCAUGGGCGCCUGGCCCAUCGGCGUCCACCUCGUCAUCGUCCUCGCCGUCCACCUUCAGGGUGGGGGUUGCGUCGACGGCCGUGCGGGCUUGUUCCGCGCCCAGGCUUGUUGCGUCCUCCGCGCCCCUGGGCUGUCGACGGCUGCGACAAGUGGUUCAAGCUGUUGCCAAUCCAGACCCUGCGAUCGAGCUUCCAUUGACUGCUGAAAAUGUUGAGAUGGUGUUGGAUGAAGUAAGGCCGUAUCUUAUGGCAGACGGAGGCAAUGUUGCGUUGCAUGAGAUUGAUGGGAACGUGGUAAGGUUAAAGCUGCAAGGAGCAUGUGGUUCAUGCCCGGCUUCAGUAACAACGAUGAAGAUGGGUAUUGAACGGCGCUUGAUGGAGAAAAUACCAGAGAUUGUUGCAGUUGAGCCCAUUGCUGAUGAGGAAACUGGCCUUGAGUUGAACCAAGAGAACAUUGAAAAGGUACUUGACGAGAUUAGGCCAUACCUUGCUGGCACAGGAGGUGGCGAGCUCGAGUUUGUCACAAUCGAGGAGCCUAUUGUCAAGGUUAGGCUUACAGGCCCAGCUGCUGGUGUGAUGACUGUCCGAGUAGCAUUGACUCAGAAGCUCCGUGAAAAAAUCCCUAAAAUUGCAGCUGUCCAGCUUUUGCCAUAAGAUUAGAAUCUUUUAGAAGCCAGGCACCAGUCACAGUUGAUAAUGUAAAUGCACUACCGCAAUAAAUUUAAGGAGUUGUAAUGUGUAGCCUGCUGAGC